UGCUCGCGGAGGUAGUACUCUUAGACGCGCUGUUGUGGUAAACUUUGGAACACGUGAUCUGAUUCACCAGCGAACAAACGCGUCAGCAUUUCAUCUAUCGCUUUAACAUUUGUUGUUUAUCAAUGACCGACCACUGUGUAGAGUUUGCAGAAAAAUUGAGGCCCGUUUGUAUUGCAUCAUUCACAUGAUUAUAGCUUGGUCUCUGUAUACCUUCUAGCCUUGCUAUCGCCUAUAGCUUGUGAUCUAAAGUAUUGUGUCAACACUCUACAGAUUAUCGUAACGUUUCCAAUGAUGAUAAUUUUAUAAUCAUUAUCAAGUACUAAAUCUGAUCGUGUCUGGACUCUGGUGUGAGCGAUAGUUUGAUUUGGUAUCUGCAUGCCAAUAUAUUCAAUUUGUUAGUAGGUCUACCUCUUCUACCUGAUAUGGAACUAGGUCGUGUUUUUCACCCUUGGAUGAUGCAGCACAUGGUGCAGUCCUCGAUGGCGACCGUCGCUUUCCCGUACGGCGGGCAGAACGGGGACGCUGGAGGAGGCGUGAAGGCUGUCCAAGACCACACCAAGGAAGGUCCGCCCUUCAGCUCAGCCUCCGUCGCUGGUCCUCCUUCAGUAUUGUCCUCCUCACAGACACAGGCCAUCCACGCCGCGACCGUCACAGCUCCCAACAGUGUGAGCUCCGGUAUACCGAACGUGGGGCCUGGAGCGGUCGUGCCCGUCACUGGAGCUGUCGUCGCCAACGGAGUGGACGCCUCCAAUGCUGGAGGAUGGCCUCACAAAUUGCUUAUGAUGGGAGCAGACAAGCCUAUCUUACCCCCGACAGGAGCUCAUCUUGACUUGAUGGCCGCUCCGUUCAGGCCCAUGAUCACGGACUCGACGGCGUCCGGUGACAGCGAAACUGUAGCUGCCAACGGCACUCCAGCCCUGCCCAAAGAUCAGCCUAAACGACUUCAUGUUUCUAACAUUCCCUUCCGCUUCCGCGAUCCCGACCUCAGAGCCAUGUUUGGGAAAUUUGGCACAAUACUUGACGUGGAAAUUAUCUUUAAUGAACGAGGCUCUAAGGGCUUCGGUUUCGUGACAUUUGGCUCAGCAGCGGAAGCGGACAAGGCGAGAGAAUCUCUCAAUGGCACCGUAGUCGAGGGUCGUAAGGUUGAGGUGAACAAUGCUACUGCACGAGUACAGACCAAGAAGCCGACUUCUGCGGUCCCUAACGUUCUACUGGCUAGAAAUGGAAUGGUGCCUCCAGCCGCGGCAGCGGCUCUCCGCGGUGUAGCGAUACAGCGAGGCCGGGCGCGAGCUUAUCCCGCCUCCGCUCUUGCACGUCAUCCCUCCCAUUUAACCGCGGCCACCACGGCUCUGCAUGGCUACGCACCCAGCGUUUAUUAUGACCCCUUCAUGGCCGCUCAGGCAGCUCAAGCAGCACAACUACAAGCCGCUGGCUCUUUACAGAUGAACCCGUCCAUGUCAUCCUGCUCGUUGACAUCGUCAUCCGAAUGGAUGCUGCGACAACAAGCAGCGGCUGUGGCCGCCGCACACAUACCCAGUGCGGCCGCGGCAGCAGCAGCAGGCAUGAGUCCAGCACAAGCCGCCGCAGUUUCCGCACAACUGCUUAAAAAUCCAACGCUAUCUGUCUCGACGGCCCAACAGGCGUCCUACGCUGCAGCAGCUAAUGCAGCAGCGGUGCGAGCAUACGGACUUACUGCUGCUGCACCGGGCCAGCCUACACCUGUUGCUUAUCCUUCUAUACACGCUGGACCGUACGGUGACCCGUACAUCGCAGCGGCGUCUGGUAUCGGACCCGUCGCGGGAUACGGGGCGGCGAUGUACAGAAACAGCUACAACCGCUUCGCUCCGUACUGAAGAAGGCUGCCGUGAAGUGACGUCGCCUCAAGUUGUCACGAGAACAAACAUGACACAAACCGUUUAUUAUUUGCUCAGUAGCCGCGAAUGGCCCCUAAGGUCAUGCGUCUUUAGAACCAUUGUAUCUAAGUAGUAUUGCCACUGAGAGCGCUUCCGUCACUCGGCCCUUCUCACCUCUCCCGCCUUAGAAUUUCGAUACUCGUGCUCUUUUUAUGGAUUUGUUGAAUCACGAUAAAUUCGUUAAUAUUGCUGCAAUUUUUCCAUUACCCUUAUUUCAGAGGCGUAUUACAGUUAUAAACCAAUUGCGUGGCAGCUAUAGUUGAGGAAUUAUUUCAAUUAAUUCAUCAUGACUCGUCUGUAAUUUAUUGCAUUCAAUAACGUUCUUUUUUUGUGGAGUUUUCCGUCGUAUUUUUUCGCUUCAGUUCUCGAUUUAUCUGAUGAUGUUUUCUUGGAUAAUUAUUGAAUGAUGAAAAAUCAUAGUCCGGAGAGGUGGAACUGGAGCCGACGUGUUGGUGCGUUCAUGGUGAAUCAGGUUUAAGAUGAGACAGCAUUUCUUUCUCCUACAUCUACGUGUUCUUCUCUUCAUCUUUCUGAUGGCUGUUCAUCAAUCUAGAUUGUGUAUCUCGAUGCUAACCUUCUAUGUUCAGUGGUGCCAUCUUUGUGUUAGCUUCCUCCCUGCUUUGCACCACACUUGGCUUCGCUGUUCUUACUCUGCGCUGUAUGAUGUUCUUUGCUGCGUGUGCGCUGCCGUUCAGCCACCGAAAUUUUCCAGCUUCUAAAGCAGGAACCAUGGCGGCGACUCAUAUCGCUACCUAAAAUUUGCUGACGUUGCUCGAUGCCCUGUGGGUGGGGCUGCUUCGUCGUAUGCGUUUGCCUGGCUUUGCAUUUAUCUUCCUAAUCAGACAGCAGACUCUUGAAACGAAAGUGGCGACUGAAUUUUCAUACUCUUUCAGUAAUUAAUGUUUUCUUGAAGUUGCCGUCAUUUCUUUUGCGUCUUUCAAAUCAGUUUCUUAUUCUGGCUCCUCGUUGCCUCACUUAAACUCGGACGCCUCUCUAUUUCUUAUACACUGACGAACAAUAAUUACUGAGUGACAGUAAAGUGUCUACCUCUUGAGUUGAGACGUUCAGCUUUGAAGUUAUUAUUUUGUUGUUGUUGUCGGGAGGCCGAAUUGUGCUCCGAAUUUCCAUGAAAUACUCUUACUUACUCGCCUGCUGCUAUGUGAGGAUUGUUCUCCUGAAGAUGAUAUGCUCAUGCAUUCCUUAACUAUUUCUGCGUGAUCAAUUUGCUAAAUUGAUGAUAGAGGAUUGUCAUUGACAACUGAAAUAAAAGUAUUACAGUCUUGUAGUUAACUUGUAAUUAUUAUUUUUGUGUAGGGCAGAUAUUGUAGAAUUUUUUUUCGUAAGUUAAGGAUUACCUAAUUGUAGGAUGUUUUUAAUAUUCUUAUCCAACGAAGAUCAUUGUGAAUGUGUUACUCAUGUGCUGCUGAUGAUGUAGAGUUGUACAGUGUAUGUUGCGUACACUAUAACUUGCUUGGUUGGUUGGUGUCUUGGUGCGGAGCGAUGUGGUGUACGUUGCAUUUUUAUUAUGAAUCUCAGUUCUCUUUAGUGAACGCUUUGAUACUCUGCAAGAAUCUCUCCUUUUACCUGCCGCUUUCCUCUCGUCUGUCUGUAACUUUCCUGUCUUUUAUGUGACCUUUGAUCUGUUAUCUCGUGCGCACUGACUUUUAAAUUCCAUCCUCGGUAAAAUCUGUUUAUAAAUUAUCUCCUCGUCUUUUUUCAUAGUUGGCGUCAAAAUCUUGUUGGCGUUACAUUGUUUUGUGCGCGUGAAGUUACUCAACAUUUGAUUGAAUGUUUAUUGUAAGUUAAAUGACGCAAAAGGACCGAUGAAGUGUCGGAGCAUUCGCUCACCCAUUUUCAGUGUGAUAGAUAGUUUAAUUGGCGGUUCUUGAUUGUUAGCCGUGCGUAUAAAAGAGGCUCUAAAUGCUUCGUCUAGGUCAUUUACCGUAAACAUAACAUUGAAUCUGUGCUGCUACUUGUGUUAACAACUGAGAUUUUGGUGUACAUAGCUCGCGGCAGCUACUCAACUCGCCUCGUGGUAGCUAGUAUCCUCUAGUGAUGGAGCGUCUCUGUAUCGUUCUUGUCGAUUCCUUACGUAGAAAUGUCUAUUGGUAACGUCUUGUUGCGCCUUUAUUGAUAUAUUUUGAAUUGGUAAACAUGAAGCUAUACAUUUAUGUUUCUUCUAUAAGAAUUGGGAAGUAGCUGUUUUAAUUUUGCUUUUCUGCACAGUGUAAGUCGUAAAUUUGCUAUAAUUACUGUCACUGAAUAAAUAAUCCAGUUAUGGAAUGGAAUUCUCUUUGAUUCAUUCUGUUACGAAUUCAUAAAUAUUUUGUAUUACUCGCUCCCUGAAAAUUGUUUUUUAGUAAUCUGAUCUUCAGCUGGGAAUUUGAACUAACUUCUGUGGAAAGCAGCUUACGAUGUCACAUCUCAAGUCACAAAUUAGUCUUGUUUUCUAUUAGACGUAUUUCGAUUAUGCAAACUAUAAUUUUAAGUUAGACUGUUUAAAGAUGAUACAUUUGUGUUGAUCAUAAGUUUGCAUCUGUCGCUCAUUUUUCUUGCUGCGUAUUUUUGCAACCUGCUAUUGCUUACUUGUCCUACUGCACUCGAGAGUGAGCGCCGUAUCUCUCCGUUCAUAGGUCAGUAUCUUCUUUUCAUUUAUUGUUUAAGAUUUAUUGCCUGUUGUUUGUACAAUAUUUUUAAGGUGCACCAAACGUUGAAAAUCAAAGUUUUUUAGUGAUGGACUGCACAAUCAUACCCCAAAAAACUGUGUCAAGCAUUUCUGUGUUUGAUUGCAGUCAUUUAGAUAAACUCCCUUGAAGAAGUCCUGUCUUUUUCUAGCUUAAUGCGUCUAUUCUACAUUGUUAUAGCUCUACCAUGUCUCAAAUACUCCUAGUUUGCAGCUACGUGCUCUCUUACUCUCGACUAUUUUAAUGUUGCACAUGUAACGUGUGCAUCUUUUUAAAGCUACCUUAGCUCUUGAUGUACGUGUUAUGAGAUAUAUCGUGUUAUGUGAAGAUUUUCAUGCUUCUCUUCUUUUCCUCUACCUUAGCGCUACCUGAAAUUGAGAUACUAUGUCUUAUGCCGAGAUUUUUUUUUACUGUCUUUGCUGUUGCUUGUUAUCUUUUCAUCGGCUUAUGAUCAUAUUUAGACCGCACAUUAAACACUUUAGGUUGAGAAGCUAGUUCUGCUACUUGCAUUGAUUGCUCUUGCUCUAGAAAAUUCAAUGUUUAAUAUGACACUGCUGCCUCUGCGUUACGUUCUUUCUUGUUCUUUGUGUUGGAUUCUCCAGCUAAGUCUUGCGUUCUUUUGUGCUAUUCAAUUAUCAUUUCAUUGUGAAUUUCCCCAGUUUUAGCUUUGUACAGAAAUACUGCAUUGACGGAAGAUUAUAUCAUCUUCUUUUCUAAGCUACUUCUUUUGUUUGAUUCCAGUUGCGGUAUUAUUGUAGCAGUUUAUUCAUUUUUCAUUUCCCACUGCAAUGCAGCAACUGGCAACUACCAAAGAUACCAGUAUUCUACUGAACAAAUAUGAAGUUGACACGUCGGACUUCGGAUUGAUUAUUUUGGGACUGAAGUGGCUUUUCAUGUUACUGUUUAUGUAACGUAUUGGUUGGGAAGCUCAGAGCUUUUGCUAACAUGUUGGACUCAGUGACUCGGCACAAACUUGAACUAAUAGCUCUUUGAAAUGCUACUUACGGGCUUUUUUGUUCUCUGAAACGUUGGACUCAAAUAUGUCACAAAUUAAUGUUUAUAAAUGUAUUCCAUUUAUCAUUAAUAUUAAGAUUGACUUGUAAUAUUUUGAGACCCGAGUUAAAUAGAAUUGUAACGAUGAUUUUUUUGUUUCGCAAUAAAUUUUAGGUCAUACUUCUGAAGCACAAGGUUUGAUAGCACAAUAUAAACUGAUGGUGAGGGCGACACAAAGCAGGUUUAAAUUAUGAAUCUUUCUUAUACUACGUAUAUUAUAACUCAAUUGACCAUCUGGUGAGAUUAUUUUGUAUCAGAGUCCCCGUAAGGUUGUGAAGUCGAUGUCUUUAAUGAGUUCUUAUCUAGAAAAGAUACCUACGAUGAAGGAUACCGUGUGAGUCUGAGGACUGUUUGUUUAGUCUCCCGAAUGAUAGUCAACGUUUAUACUGCAGAAAAUAAAACGCUUAAAUGAAAUUUCCAUAGAAGUGCUACUUUGACUUCAUUCUCUCUUUCUGUAGCCCACAUUUGAUAAUCUCUCAUAGGUCACUGAAAUUCUUUGUAUUGGUUAUUCCUUCCCUUGAGAAGCAAUGAUCAAAUUAAUGUAGUGUAUUAUGACUAGAUUUACGAAAUAAGAGCCCUCUUCUAUGCUAUGGCAUCUAUUUAAUGUUAACCGCUUGAGGAACCUGGCGGUGAUCAGACAAUAGUUUUGAUGUCUUCCUGGAGGUGCGCUAGGAAACGUUGAAGGGAUCUUUUGUGAACACAUUUUUGAUGUUCUUCACCUCGAUUUAGAAAUUUUUACUCGUGAAUAAAUUCUUGAUGAAUUUUCUGCAGGAGAUUAUUAUUUAGAAAUCAGGCUGGUUUCUAUUGAAUGAUUUACCUAAUUUUUUCUUCACUUGGUAUCUAGUAUCAAUUAAUGAAGGAAGAUUUCUUGAUAUGUUCGUCUAUGUAGGACGUUGGAAAGAAAUUGUUUCGUUCGAAUUUUUUACGGUAACUUGUUUUUGCUUUUUUACUGGAAUGGUUUUUCGUUGAAGAUAUUUAAGAAAAACCAGUUAUGUAUUUGUGGUCUGUGAGUGUCAUUGAAGUAGAUCAAUGAGAUGACGUGGAAGUAUAGGAUGAGAUAGUCGUACUCUUUUUACCUCCAUUGUGGUACAUAUUGUACAAACUGCCCUUCUGUUUACUCUGUAUCAUAAUAAAGCUGCAGGAUAAGAA